UCCCUCCCCCCCGUGCCGAAAAGGCGGCGGCGCUCGGCGACCGGCAAAGCCGGGGUGUGUGGAAGGCGCAAGGUGCAGAGUGUGCGUGUGUGUGUGUGAGCGGGGGGGCGUCGAGGGGAGAGUGCUCGUGUGUGUGUGUCUGUGUGUGUGUGUGUAGGAGAGGAGGGGGGGGCGAGCCCCGUCCGCCCCUUAUAAGAGACACAAUCCCCAGCCACUUUUUUGCAAAAGGGGCUUUGCAAAGGAGCCCGCGCACACGCGAGCGCCACGAGCCUCCCCGCGGCCGCCGCACGGAGGGCGAGUGGGAGGAGGGGGGCGGGCAGAGCCGCCCGCCAUCCCCGGCCGACCGCCCGCCGGUUCCGCCGCCCGCUCCCCUUGGUCGCUGCUGCCCCUUUGCCCCUGCCCUCCAUCGCCUAGCUAACUUUUUUCUUUCUUUCUUUUUCUUUCUUUUUUUUUUUUUCUUUACGCGAACGCCGCCAAUUUAUUUUCUUUCACCUCUUUUUCAAUUUUUUUUAUUAUUAUUAUUUUUUUUUUCGGUGGUGGUGGGAGAACGACGACCGGCCGCCGCUCGGGCGCCCCCGCCUCGCAGGACUCGCCCAUGGCCAGCGGCAGCCCCGCCAGGAUGGCGAGCGGCGCCGGGCAGCCGCCCUUCCUGCAGCCGGCGUGUUUCUUCGCCGCGGCGGUGGCCGCCGCCGCAGCCGCCGCCCCCCCGCCGGGGCCGCCACCGGGGGCGCCGCCGCCGCAGCUGAGCCCGGCGGGCGGACAGCCCUCCCCGGGCGGCAAGCCCUCAGCGCCGCGGGCGGCCAAGCGGCAGCGUUCGGCCUCGCCGGAGCUGAUGCGCUGCAAGCGGCGGCUGAACUUCAGCGGCUUCGGGUACAGCCUGCCGCAGCAGCAGCCGGCGGCCGUGGCGCGGCGCAACGAGCGGGAGCGCAACCGGGUGAAGCUGGUGAACCUGGGCUUCGCCACCCUGCGGGAGCACGUCCCCAACGGCGCCGCCAACAAGAAGAUGAGCAAAGUGGAGACGCUCCGCUCCGCCGUCGAGUACAUCCGCGCCCUGCAGCAGCUGCUUGACGAGCACGACGCCGUCAGCGCCGCCUUCCAGGCCGGCGUCCUCUCGCCCACCAUCUCGCCCAGCUACUCCCACGACAUGAACUCCAUGGCGGGCUCCCCCGUCUCCUCCUACUCCUCCGACGAGGGCUCCUACGACCCGCUCAGCCCCGAGGAGCAGGAGCUGCUCGACUUCACCAGCUGGUUCUGAACGCCGGCGGCCCCCGCGGCAGGACAGUUGCAAAAGGGAAAACAAAACAAAAGACCCACAAAAAUAUAUCGCACAGAGAAAGACUGACAAAAAUCCACCCAGGAAAAAGAACCUGUUGCAUUUCCCUCACCCCCGCCGUCGGAGGGCGGUGCGGUCACGUCUUUCGGCGGGCGGGCACAGCGCUGCGCGCCGCGGGGGCGGUCGGGGCGGCAGCCCCCAGCCCCGGAGCCCGACCGGCCUUGGCACUCCGUCGUGCCGCCACGGACUGCGCACCGGCGGAGCGGGUGUCCCGUAGAGGAGCCGCAAGAAAGGGCGCUACGCUCCUCCACCUGCGGAGGAGCUCUUACCCCUCCCCGGCAGAAGGGCGCCCCUCACUCCGCUGCGGCCCUCCAGAGACUGGCGUUCAUCGCUCUGUGGACAAAGUUAGUUCCCCGAUGUAUGUGGAGAUGUUGAAAUUAAGCUAUGCUGUACUCAAAGAAGCCCCUGGAGCCCCGUCUUCUCCCCACCUGCCCUCGUGCAGAGCUUUCCCUCUCGUUUCCAUCAUAGAAUGCUUCCAAUCUUUUUUCUUUUUUCUUUUUUUUUUGGUGUGAAUUUUUUUAUUAUAAGAAAUUCUAUUUGUAUCUAUCCUAACCCCUUUGGGGAUAUAUUAAGCUAUUUUUGUACAUAAGAGAGAGAGAGAUUUAUGGAGGUUUUGUACAAAUGGUUUAAAAUGUGUAUAUCUUGAUACUUUUUUAAUAUGUAAUGCAUAUUACCUCUUCAUGUUUAGACUUGUAGUCGGCGUUACCUUACAACUGCCAUUUUUGUAUGUGGUUUUGUAAAGGACUUGGAUUUCCUCCAGAUGUACUUUAGCACCAACGUGUCUUACUUUAUAGAAACUUUGUUAAUGUAUUAAUAAUGUUAUUAAACAAUGUUCAAACUGAACAAAGUUUAUGCAGCUAUUGUCCAAACGCAAAACGGUAGCCAUUUGUUUUUAUAUGCUGCCUUUAAAAAAAAAAAUACACAAGAAAACAAACAAAAAAAUCCCUAUGCCACUGCCUUUUCUUACUGUUUUAUUACAAACUUACAAAGGUCCUGUAUAACCCUGUUUUAUACAAAUUAGUUUCGUAAUAAAACUUUUUUAAAUGAAAAUGAUCGGCUGCCUACUGCAUGCAUUUUUUUUUUCUCUUUCUGCCGUUGACAACGAUGAAUGUACAGACAAAAUGUUAAAUGAUGUUA